AUGGCGUCGAGACCGGCAGCAGCCAGACAGACCUGGCGCUGCCUCCGCGGCGGCCCAGCCCAAGCCUGCGGGCGGCAAUCGUACGCCGUCCAGUCGCCAGGCGCCCCGCGCUUUCAGGUCUUCAGCCGACGCGUGAAAUGGCUGCAAAAGGAGCGCGCGGCUUCGCGGCCCCAGGAGAGCAGGCAGGCCGACUACCUCAAGGACGAGGUGGCCGUGCGGGUAACGGAGCGACUGCUGGACAUCAACCGCCGCUUCCCCCGGGUCCUCGACCUGGGCGCCAACUCGUGCAACCUGGCCCGAGCCCUUGUCCGCGAGAACCCGGAUCCCGACCCGUCCAACCCCAAGUCCGCUCCUCUCUCCGCCCGCAUAGCCGAACUCGUUGCCGCAGACUCGUCCGAGACCCUCCUCUACCGCGACGCAGGCCUCCCCUUCAACAGGGCGCUCAACCUGACCCGCCAGGUGCUCCGGGAUGAGGAGAGCUUGCCCUACGAGCCCGCGUCGUUUGACCUCGUCCUGAGCUCGCUCAGCAUGCACUGGAUCAACGACCUGCCCGGCGUCCUGGCCCAGAUCAACAGCGUCCUGAAACCCGACAGCCCGUUCGUCGGCGCCAUGCUCGGCGGGGACACCCUGUUCGAGCUGCGCACGUCGCUCCAGCUCGCGGAGCAGGAGCGCAGGGGGGGCCUCUCUCCGCACGUGUCGCCUCUGGCCGACGUGCGGGACGUCGGCGGCUUGCUUCAGAGGGCGGGGUUCAAGAUGCUGACGGUGGACGUGGACGACAUCAUUGUCGACUACCCGGACACGUUUGCGCUGAUGCAGGAUCUGCAGGCCAUGGGGGAGAGCAACGCCAUCCUGGGAAGAGAGAUGGGCCCGAUCCGGAGGGACGUGCUAAUGGCGAGCGAUGCCAUUUACAGAGAGCUGCACGGGAACCAGGACGGGUCGAUUCCGGCCACGUUUCGAAUCAUUUACAUGAUUGGGUGGCGUGAGGGGGAGAACCAGCCCAAGCCCUUGGCCCGAGGGUCCGGGCAGGUGAACUUGAAGGAUAUUUUGGAGAACAAGUGA